AUGUUGCCAAAUAAGUAUACUUAUAACAAGUUCGGUACAAGAGCACCAAACUCUUCAUCAUCAUCAUCGUCGUCAUCUGAUAGGUUGAUGAUGUCAAAGAGAAGUCUGAGUGAUUCCAAAAGUAAAAGUCAUAAUGCAAUGGAAAUGGAUUAUUGUAAUCAUAUUUUACAUAGUAACAAGAAUAAGAAGGUUCGUCCUACUAAUAAGAGAAAUGAAGAGUUAGGGAUUCAAUAUAUUAGAAAUAUUAAUAAUCCAUUUGAAGGUUAUCCAAAAUUAAACAAGUUACAUCAAUUAAAAAGAAGUCAAAUGGUUAAACAUGCUGUCAAACCUUAUGGAGUUAGAGUCCCCACUAAUAAUAUAGUUCCUACGUUAUAUAAUUGGAUUGAAAAUUAUAAUCUCAAGUUUGAUGUUAUUAUGAUUGGAGCAUUAGUUGAAAAUCAAUUUAUUUUACCUAUAUUAAAUAAUAUUCCAUUUCAUAGAUUAUGUUCUAAACCGGGAUUUUUAUUUAUUUGGGCUACAACUCAAAAGAUUCAAGAAUUAACUAAUCUUUUAAAUAAUGAUACUUUCAAUAAGAAAUUUAGAAGAUCAGAAGAAUUAAUCUUUUUACCCAUUGAAAAGGAUUCACCCUAUUUUCCUGGUGAUGAUGGUGAUGAAUCGAUUCCUUUAUUUGAAAGACAACAAUGGCAUUGUUGGAUGUGUAUCACCGGUACGGUUAGAAGAGCCACUGAUAAUCAUUUAAUUCAUUGUAAUAUUGAUACUGAUUUACAAAUUGAAUCUUUCUCACCAAAUUCAACAUCAUCAAAAAGAAAUGUGGUUCCUGAUGCAUUAUAUAGAGUGGCAGAGAAUUUUUCCAAUUCAAAUAGAAGAUUACAUAUUAUUCCUUCCAGAACUGGGUAUGAUUUACCUAUUAGAUUAAGAUUAGGUUGGGUUAUUAUGAGUCCAGAUGUUAUGAUUAAUAACUUUAAUCCUCAACAAUAUAAGGAAGAAUUAUAUGCUAAAUCAUUAAUUCAAUAUAAAUCAACCACAUCAUCAUCAUCAAAUAUUACUAUCCCAGGUACAGUUAAUAAUCAGAAUAAUAAUAAUAUUCAAUAUUUAGUACCUCAAACUGAUGAGAUUGAAGACUUAAGACCAAAGAGUCCAGUCAUUGCUAGUAAAAGUGGAUAG